AUGGUUCGCCACCUGCUGGUCACGGGCGCCCCGGGGGUGGGCAAGUCGACGCUCGUGAGCGCUGUGGUGGACGGGCUGCGCGCCAGGCACGAUCUGAGGGCGCUGGCGGGCGGCUUCGUCACGGAGGAGGUCCGCGGGCCUCGAGGCCGGACGGGAUUCGACGUGAUGACGCUGGCGGGCGAGCGGGGCGUGCUGGCGCGAGUUGCGAGGGGAGACCAGGGAGGCCCGUUUGUUGGCAAAUAUGCUGUUGACGUGCCUUCAUUUGAGAGGGUGGCUCUGCCGGCGCUGACGAUCCGACCUGGCAUCAAGCUCAUGGUGGUUGACGAGAUCGGAAAGAUGGAAGUUUUCUCAGGAAAGUUCUGCCGUGCAGUGGAGGCGGCGAUGGACGGUGGGCCGCUUGUACUUGGGGUGGUUCCUCUGCCUGGGCGCCGCCCGGUUGUGUUGGCCGAGGCCUUGAAGGCUCGUGAAGAUGUGGAUGUCUUCUGUUUGACACGACAAAACAGAGACGAAGCUGUCAGUCGUUUGUGCAGCAGGAUCGCAGACCAACUGGACGAAAUGUUGGCUGAGUAG